AUGGACUACAUCGUCUCGAUGCUCGCGCUUACCAAACUCGGCCAUACGGUACUUUUCCUUUCAACGCGUAUAUCUCAAGCAGCUAUCGACUCUCUCAUCACCACCACCGGAGCCACCUAUCUGCUGGCAGAUUCACGAUAUGCGCGAUCUGCAAUCGAUGCUCAGAAAGCCAUAUCAGGGUUGCAGAUCGGCGAAAUUGCUAGGCCUAACACUUACAACUUUCCUGUUGAAGUCCAUGCAGACACCCGCCUUGACUACCAGCUCGACCAUACAAUCGAAGCCUCGAACAACAUCUACAUUAUACACUCCAGUGGCUCUACCGGACUGCCGAAGCCAAUAUACCAGCCACAGAGAAGUGCAAUCGCCAAUUAUGCCAUCAGUAUGGAUAUGAAAGCAUUCAUUACCCUUCCGCUGUAUCACAAUCACGGCAUUUGCAACUUCUUCCGCGCGAUAUACAGCGGCAAAUCCAUCCAUAUCUACAACGCCGACCUGCCCCUGACCCAAUCUUAUUUGGCUACGAUAUUGAGGCAGCAUAGAUUUGAGAUCUUCUAUGGUGUGCCUUAUGCGCUCAAGCUUCUCUCUGAGACAUAUGAGGGGAUCGAGCUAUUGAAGCAACUCAAGAUCGUCAUGUACGGUGGGAGUGCCUGCCCAGACGCGCUGGGCGACCUAUUGGUGAACAGCGGGGUCAAUCUUGUCGGCCACUAUGGGGCCAAAGCCAAGCUUACGAUGAGCAGCACUGAAGUAGGCCAACUCAUGACAUCCUUCCGACCUGCCGACGACAAGGUAUGGAACUACGUUCGCGAGUCGCCGAAACUAUCGCCGUAUCUUCGAUGGGUAUCGUGCGGACCCAAUCUCUACGAAUGCACGGUUCUGCCGGGUUGGCCAGCGAAAGUCGCCUCGAACCUACCAGAUGGCAGUUACGCCACGAAAGACCUGUUCGAACCGCACCCUACGAUCGAGAAGGCAUGGAAAUACAUUGCGCGUCUCGAUGAUACAAUCGUAUUGGUGAAUGGCGAGAAGUUCAAUCCAGUCAUGAUGGAAGGAACGAUCCGGUCCCAUCGAGCUGUAACUGAGACGGUUGUCUUUGGUUCAGGUCGACCAUACCUUGGCGUUCUUGUUGUCCCAGCAAUCGAGGGUAUGCCGAAAUCGAAAGUCUUGGAUGAGAUCUGGCCUGUUAUUGAAGCGGCGAAUCGGACGGCCGAAGCGUACGCCAGGAUAUCCAGGGACAUGGUUCAGAUCCUACCGUAUGGCUGUCAAUUUCCGCGUACCGACAAAGGCAGUGUGAUAAGACAACAGUUUUACAAGCAAUAUGCCAAUGAGAUCGACAACGCAUACGAUGCUGCUGCAUCGGCUCAAGGAGAUCUCAAAACAUUGACCGUUCCGGAACUUGAGGAUUUCUUAUGUACUGUCCUGGCCAAACAGUUGACGCAGGCAGGGGAAAUUGGACGUACCACAGAUUUCUUCUCGCUAGGUCUGGACUCGCUGCAAUCGAUCCAAAUCCGGACGGAGAUUCUCAAGAACGUUGACAUCGGUGACAAGAAGCUCGGCCAGAAUGUGGUAUUUGACCAUCCUUCUAUUGCAUCUCUCGCCGCACAUCUCGACAGUCUUCGCACCGGGCAAGAAGAACAAGUUGUGUCGGUCACUGCGCAAAUGCAAGACCUUAUUGCUCAAUACAGCAACUUCGAGCCCAUUGCUAGACGUCAAGCUGCGCUUACUGGCGCGACUGGUUCGCUUGGUGCUCAUGUUCUUGUACAACUACUCCACCGCUCGGAUAUCGACAUAGUUUACUGUCUUGUACGAGCGAAAGACUACAAGACAGCAGCUCGCCGGGUUCGAGAGUCUCUCAUACAGCGAAAGUUGUACCACACCCUUUCGCUCUCCGGACGCAGGAAAAUACAAGCCAUACCUUCUGACUUGUCCGAGCCCCAUCUCGGCUUAGACGAUACGACUUAUGCGCGUGUUGCUUCAGGUCUUACCAGUGUUAUUCACUGCGCAUGGAGCGUCAACUUUAACAAGAACCUGAUGUCAUUUGAGAAGGACUGCAUUGCUGGUGUGCGUCACCUGAUCGAUCUCUGCCUGGCUUCGUCAUCGAUCAAGCCUGCAUCCUUCGACUUUUGUUCUUCGGUCAGUACCGUCGCACGAUGCCCCGAUAUACGCACGCCUGAGCAAUUAGCCGAGCUUGACUGGGCCCAGGGUAUGGGAUAUGCCCAGAGCAAAUGUGUUGCCGAACACUUGUGCUUGGCUGCAGCGAAGGAGACCGGUGUCAAAGCGCGAGUCUUGCGCGUCGGUCAGAUCGUCGCGGACACUGUUCAUGGCGUGUGGAACUCAACUGAAGCGAUACCUCUCAUGAUGCAGUCCGCUCUUACUGUCGGUGCGCUACCUCGACUGCAAGAAUUCCCAAGCUGGACACCAGUCGACGUUAUCGCGAAAGCCGUGACGGAGAUCUCGCUCAGCGACGCUGGAUCCGUGGUGGCAAAUGUCACCAACGCAAAGACUUUCUCUUGGAGCGACGAUCUACUUCCUGCCCUUCGAGAUGCAGGUCUCCAGUUUGAUGAAGUUGAGCCCAAGGAGUGGGUGCGCAGGCUUCGCGAGUCCAAUCAGGAUGCGGAAGCGAACCCACCCAUCAAGCUUGCUGACUUCUUCGCAUCCAAGUACGACAAGGACAUUUUCGGUCCUUCGCGUACGUAUGAUACCACUGUCGCCAGAGCUUUCUCGCCCUCUCUUGAGACAGCGCCUGUAUUGGAUGCAGCCUUUGUGAAGACAUUUGUCAGACAAUUCCAGAGUGCUGCCUGGCAGAUACGUACUACUUCAGUCGCGAAGCCGAUGAGACGCGUUGUCGUUGUAGUUGCCGGGCCUUGUGGUAGCGGGAAAAGCACUGUCGCACGACGCCUCGGCACUCACUUCAAAGCCCCUUGUAUCGAGGGCGACGAGCUACACACUGAAGAAGCCAUUGUAUCGAUGGCUGCCGGUACUCCCCUCAAUGACGUCGCUCGCGCCCCUUGGCUCGCGCGCGUUAGACAGCGAGCGCUCGAUACCGUGACCAAGGAAGGCCACGAGCGCGUAUUAGUCUCUUGUUCGGCUUUGAAGAAGUCAUACCGGGAUGAGUUCCGGGUUUUGGUGGAUGAAAAGCUACGGGUUGUGUUUGUGGACUUGCAAGUCGAGCCGGAAGAGCUUGUGCGUCGGAUGAAGGGAAGAGGUGGUCACUACAUGAAAGAGAAUAUGGUGGAGAGCCAAAUGGCCAUCUGGGAGACGGCUGAUGUAUCAGAGACGGAUGUGAUACCUGUAGAUGCUGGACAGUGCGUUGAAGAAGUUGUAGAGGAGAUCUCCGGGUUAUUGGAGGCGCUCGAUGUCAUGUGA